UGAUUACAUUCGUAAUCUAUUUGUUAUCGAUCUUAUCGCGAUCUUCUAUGCGACCGACAACAGCUGACGCCCGGCGAGUCACGGUCGGAAUGAUGAAUUUUACGAUCGCAUCUAUGCAGUGUCUGUGUGCGUCUCGUGACACGCGGAGUCCAAGGUGAAAAUUGCCCAACACUUGCAACUGUCACGUAUACGACGCGCUAUUCGAUCUCGCCGCGAGAUAAUUUCCCGGAACGCAAUUUUAUUUUAUUCCGCAAUUACGAAAGCGAGAUCCGAAACGAUUCGUGUGGGAAGACAACAUCGGCGUUUGUUCUCAAGUCGACUGGCUUGAGGCGCACGAUAAGAUACCUCGAUCGGGGCAAACUUGGAGAAUCAACUGUGCAAUUUCGUUCCCGUUGCAUGUAAAUAACGUUACGUCGCAACUGCCGCUCUUUUUUUUUUUCCUUUCCCUUAUUUUGCAACUUGCGCAUUUAAUGAUGCACGAGCGCGUUUGAGCCGGCGGCGAUGGGAGUAAAGUGUGAUCUGCUAAUUGCUUGAUCCGGCUUGAUGCGCGAUUACAUUGUGUUAUCGGUAUUCGUCAUGCUACACAAUGACGUCAACUACAGUUUCGUGAUACUUUCGAGGAUUGACCGAGACUGGCGGUCGCCAGCACGCGGUGCCGACUGCACUUCGGCGUGGCGUAACGCUCGCGGUAACGUACCCUCGUGAUAACGAGACGCGCGCAAGGACGAAUGAGACUUGAAGAAAUGCGGAAAUUCCCCGCAGAGAUGAGAGAUUGAAAUUGAGACGACGAUAAAAGAUUGAAUUGGAAAUUUCUCCAUUCUCUUCCCUACCGAUCUCGAUCUACGUCUACACACUUCUUACAUAAUCGCGUCAGCGGCGGCUCGAUCGUGUAAACGAUGACCUUGGUGAUCUCUUACCGGUGGACCGUCAACUUGGCUACUUCGAGGAAGCGCGGCCGGAGAUGAUGCCGAAGAGGAGCUGACACUUAGCUGUCGCGCCCGGUUAUCAUUUCGCCGAAGAGGCCUCUGGGACGCUCUGGGAGAUGCCACGAGGUUUUGGCCGACGAAGGUGCGAGGCACUUGGUGUUGAGUAAGGGAAAGAGCAGCCACGUGGAACGCGUUUCACGUGCCGAAUGAGAGAUGACUGUCAGCUACACCGCCGAGGUAGCCACUUGCAGGGGCCUCGGUUGCUUCCUCAAAUUGCUGAUAAGAUGGCGAGCGAGUGUUUACAAACUCGUCUGGAUCGACCUGACGCUCUUCCUCUUCAUCUACUACUCCCUGUCCGGCAUCUACCGAUUUCUGCUGAACGAAGAGCAGAAGAGGACAUUCGAGUCCGUGGUGGCGUACUGCAACGAGUACAGCGAGCUGAUACCAUUGUCAUUUGUCCUGGGUUUCUAUGUCAGUAUCGUUAUGACCAGGUGGUGGAAUCAAUACAUGACGAUACCAUGGCCUGAUUCCAUCGCGGUCUUCGUCUCGUCUACUAUACACGGGAACGACGAGCGUGGUCGUCUAAUGCGUCGGACGAUAGUUAGAUACGUGUGCGUCUGUUUGACCAUGGUCCUAACGAACGUCGCGCCGCGCGUGAAGAAGAGAUUUCCCACUCUGGAGCAUCUCGUAGACAGCGGUUUAUUGCUGGAAAACGAGUUAUCGAUAUUUGAAAGUUUAAACGCGAAAUUCCCAAAGCCGAGCAAGCAUUGGCUGCCGAUAGUUUGGGCUUCCAGCAUCGUGACCCGAGCUCGGAAGGAGGGCCGGAUACGCGACGAUUUCGCGGUGAAAACUCUCAUCGACGAGCUGAACAAGUUCCGCGGGAUGUGCGGCAGUAUAUCGCACUACGACACGAUCAGCGUGCCGUUAGUGUACACCCAGGUCGUAACAUUAGCCGUAUAUACGUAUUUCCUGACCUCCGUAAUGGGUCGUCAGUGGGUUCAAAAGUCGAACUCUAACAUCGAUCUGUACUUCCCAGUAUUCGCGACAUUGCAAUUCUUCUUCUACAUGGGUUGGCUGAAAGUGGCCGAGACAUUGAUCAAUCCGUUCGGCGAAGACGACGACGAUUUCGAAGUGAACUGGCUAAUCGAUCGCAAUUUGCAAGUGAGCUACCUAAUCGUCGACGAGAUGCAUCACGAACAUCCUGAACUCAUACGCGAUCAGUAUUGGGACGAAAUCUUCCCCACGGAGCUGCCGUACACUGCCGCGUCGCAACCCUACCGCGAGCAACCGCCCGAACCCUCAACAGCCGGUAUACAAUUGUCCGCCGCGCAACAAGAGCUGCAACCGUCGUCUGUCAAGAUCGAUGACAUGGUGCCGGACGACAUAAAAUUCCGCUCCGACAUCGCCGACGAUGCCGCGUCGGGAAUACAUUUCACCGCGAGCGGAAAGCUGUCCCGAAGCAAUACAGCCAGCACCGGGAGAUUAAUAAGAAGCGCCAGCAGAGUGAGUAAUCGAGAACGCACUCUCAGCGGUGGCUCUACUCCCAGCAAUUUGGGCGAAUCGCUCACGAGGGUGAGCAGCGUUACCAGCGUACUUAAGCGAUUGUUUAGCAAAGACGACAGGAUUGACGGAGGCACCACGAGUGCCGCCGCCAAAGCUUCGGGAAAAAUGCCGAGCACAGGUUCAACGGCUUCGUUGCAGACACGACUACCCGCUGCAGGUGGCUCCAUGAGGAUAGGCGUCAUAGAGGAAGUGGACGAGCAGAUGACAUUGACAUCGAUGAAACAAUCGAACGAAAGCCGGCCUCACGUACAAAGCAUAUUUCCGCAAGGCCCGCCACCGCCCAGUGAUCCCGUCGAUGUUCCUGCCGCCAGUCAGUCUCACAACCGUGAGAUAUUCUCGAGGAGCGCACCCGCACGCGGAGCGACAAUAGCCGGCAGUGCGGAAUCCGCGCGCGAAAGACAGAAUUUAAGGACACAGGCGUCCACGCAAUCGAUGAGGUCGAGCGCCACUUACGAACCAGCGAGCUACACCGGCAGCGGGAUAAACGACGACCUGCCUAGCACCACGAGCUCCUCGUGCUCCAGCGAGGGCGCCCAGAGUGAAUUUACAAAAUUGAAGACCGAGAGGAAGCAUCAGAGGCGUAUCCGUAGACUCGUUCGGAGCGCAAGUGGCCUAAACGGAAAUGAACCGACAAGCCCUCCCGAUUCGCAGACUCUCCUGUUGACGGAAUUAGCGGACGCGUCGCGACUAUGUCUGAGGAAUAGACGCGACGAAAGCGAUCCAAUUUAGAAAAAAAUCGUCGAUCCUGCACCGACGUUAGUUCAACUAAUUGUAAGCCUAACUAAGUCUUGAUAACAAGAGAUUCGUUCGAAAUAAGAAAAUAUACAUCGUGACUA